AUGAACGAGUUGAAUUUAUAUGGUGUGACUGUAACUCAAACUGAAGUUAUAACAGGCGAAUUACUAAGUCAAAUUUUAACAAAUAUGACCAACAUGUAUUUAUCAGCAACUCCAUCGCCCGGUGUCACACAACAAAUUUCAAGUUUAACAACCCGAGACAUACCCUAUUCCACCAAAAGUGUUGACAAAGAAAUGGUUCAAAAACAAAUGCAAUAUGAUAAUCCAAGCAAAAUAAAAUCAGUACAACCACUUUAUACUCUUCCACCCACAAUAUCAAAAACACAAGAAACUUGUAUUCAUAAAACUGAACUUCCAAAACAAAUAAGUCGAGACAUUAAUUCAGAACAAGGAAAGCCUGACAGUGAAAUACCCCUUUCUCACAUCCACAGUCCUUUUAUUGAAUCAUUACAACCGACUGACUUGUCUAUUGUUGACAAUAAUUUGGUGAACACUGCACUUGUUAAUUCGUUAUCCAGUUUCCAGAAAUGGACUGGCUAUUCACAUUGCAAAUUAAUCUUCGACACGGCUCAAGAACACGACCAAGACAUACACGAAAUUGUCGCUUUCAAUGAGAGUGUGAUUAACAAGAAGAAUUUAAUUUUUAUAAUGUUUGAUGUAGUACAUAAUGUAUUUGGGUGUUAUGUGGAAGAUUCAAUUACCAAAGUGGGAAGAAAUCUUUUAAAUAUUAACAAAAAGAAUUUCCCAUUUGUGUUGCAUUCUAAUGUAAAUAAGACUCCCAUAAAGUUUAUCACAAAGACUUUGAGUAACAUUUAUUUAACACUUACUUCAGAAGGUGAAAUUAAGUAUGGACGUGAUAAUUUAUACUUUGAAUAUGGUACAGUGGUAUCAAAACUUGUUGGAAAAACAUCACAAACAACCCAAACUUUGAGUAAAGAGUACUUUGAUGUUCAAAACAAAUUUCCAAUUAAUAAACUUAUACCAUUAACUUAUCAUUGUACACAAAUCGUUGUAGUACAGUUAUACUAA